UUCAUAGACUGUGCCACAGAAGACAACAGGGGAUGUGAUGGCGGGGAUACCUGUGCCGCACUCGUAUGGAUGGCAGAGAAUAAUGUUCGCAUACAAACCCUUAAAGAUUAUCCCACAAGUGGUGGAGUGGGAGAGUGUAGGCAUACAGAGGUCAUCCAUGGGGUGAACAUUUUAAGCAAUUUCACGUGCGAUAAUUUUGUUCACAAAGAGGUGGAAAUGGUGCGACUAUUGGCCACUCACGGGCCACUUGUGGUCGCAGUGGACGCCAAGAGUUGGCAACACUAUUUGGGAGGAAUCAUACAAUAUCAUUGCGACAAUGAUCUGAACCACGCGGCACAGAUUGUCGGCUAUGAUCUGACAGGCGAUAUUCCCUAUUAUAUUGUACGCAAUACUUGGGACACAAGUUUUGGAAUCGAUGGUUACCUUCACAUAGGAAUCGGUCAUAACUUGUGCGGAAUGGCUGAAGAAGUUUCCGCUUUCGAUGUCAUUGUUUCCUAA